UUUGUCUUUGGUAUGUGCUUGCACUGCUUGGUGAGGUUAAUCACGUUCGUUACUCAGUCCUCACUCAAAGACCCGCGAAACGAUGAUCUUUGAAAGCUUUUCAAAAAUUAGUUAGUACGGUGUAGUAGCGAUAGUUCCAGACUGCCGAAACCGUAAGGAAGAAGAAUUGCAGCCAUGGAUCCGAUCGUUGCAGCGAGCGAAUUCUCUUUCAGAGUCGGCUUCUCUGGCUACAGCGGUCACCUAAGGCUGGAGCCUCUCCCACCAGUCGAGCGGGCGAACCCGCUGAAAGCUGUUCCGGAUUUCAUUAUUCCACCAGCAUUUGCACCGGAAACACCUGAAUCUGUGAAGAAGUACCUGGAGGAAAAAUAUCUUCUGCCAGAAUUGGACCCUGAUGAGUUUUCUCCUGAAAAAGUGGGAAAGCAGUGGGAUUUUGAUUGGUUUGACAAAGCAAAAGUGCAUUUGGAGCCAUCAUUGUCACGAUCUGUGGUGGUUCCAACAUGGGAAUUGCCGUUUAGGCGCUUCAAGAAGGGAGCAUCUGUUCAACACAGAUGGGAACCAAAAUCUGUGCAGAUGGAUGUAGCACAUCUAAUGGAAGGAGCUCAGGAUUCUGGAUCUAUGCCACGUAUGCCUGGACCUGCAAAAGAUUUUGUGAGAGGCACCACCAACAACCGUCCUUUUCGUCCUGGAGGUCUUGAUGAUUCCCAAUCUUCGGAAAGGAUACUUCCUGAUGGUGCAUGCAAUGGUGAUUGGGUUCGUGAAGUUCUAGAUGGUGGCCCUGCACAGGUCAUUCCUCCAAGUUGCAAGCAUGGGUUAGAUCUUGGUGAUCUCAAGGCAUAUCCAUACUCAUGGAGAGUCAGUAAGGACCAAAGUGUGGUUAAGAGCACAUCAGGCGAAAAGCUGAGUGGUUUGUCUGUACAGUUUGAUGAUUUAUUUAAGAAGGCUUGGGAUGAUGAUAUUGUUGAAGAGUCAAGUGGAUAUGACACUCUCAUAGAAGCGGAGCCAGUUAAGCUAGAAAAUGAAAUGGAAAAGGCAGCCACUGUGACCAGUAGUGCUCCUGGUUCUGAAGCUUCAGUGUUAGAUGAGAUACUGUUGGCUGAUCCAGGAGGAUCAACAUCAAGGUUCGAUGGAACUGGUGAUGGUGGUGGACAACAGCCAAAAGAGGCUUGGGCUGUUAGUGGAGGGAGUGAAGGAAUUGCCGAUCAUUUUCAUGAACUUGUUCCUGAUAUGGCCCUUGAUUUUCCUUUUGAAUUAGAUACAUUCCAGAAAGCGGCUAUAUAUUAUCUUGAAAAGGGGGACUCUGUUUUCGUAGCAGCUCAUACAUCAGCUGGAAAGACUGUUGUUGCAGAAUAUGCAUUUGCUUUGGCUACAAAACAUUGCACACGGGCUGUAUAUACUGCUCCCAUAAAAACCAUCAGCAACCAGAAAUACAGGGAUUUCUGUGGAAAAUUUGAUGUUGGUCUUCUCACUGGGGAUGUUAGCUUGAGGCCCGAGGCAUCUUGUCUUAUCAUGACAACCGAAAUAUUAAGGUCAAUGCUCUACAGAGGCGCUGAUAUUAUACGCGAUAUUGAAUGGGUUAUAUUUGACGAAGUGCACUACGUCAAUGAUGUUGAAAGAGGUGUUGUUUGGGAAGAAGUUAUUAUCAUGCUUCCGAGGCAUGUCAAUAUUGUCCUCCUUUCUGCAACAGUGCCCAACACAAUAGAAUUUGCGGAUUGGAUUGGUCGGACCAAGCAAAAAAAAAUCCGCGUUACAGGGACCUCAAAAAGACCCGUUCCUUUGGAGCACUGCCUAUUCUAUUCUGGAGAGCUGUACAAAAUAUGUGAAAAUGAAACUUUUCUGCCUCAAGGAUGGAAAGCUGCUAAGGAUGCUUACAAGAAGAAAAAUUCAAGUACAGUUGGAGGUGGUACUGGAACAUAUCUUGGGUCUGCAGCAGCCCAUGGCGGAGCUCGAGUGCAGCAACGUGAAAAUCCUAACCGUGGCAAACAGAAUAAGCAUUCCGGACCUCAAAGUUUGGGUAAUUUUUCAGGGAGUGGUGGGUUGAGCCAGAGCAACUGGGGGUCGAAGAGAUCCGAGGCUUCUCUGUGGCUGUUGCUUAUAAACAAGCUUUCAAAGAAGUCCCUUUUACCCGUGGUUAUUUUUUGUUUUUCAAAGAAUCGAUGUGAUAAAUCAGCAGAUAAUUUGACUGGAACUGACCUUACCAGUAGUUCGGAGAAAAGUGAAAUUCGUGUCUUUUGUGAUAAGGCUUUUUCCCGCCUGAAGGGAUCUGACAGGAACCUUCCGCAGGUAGUCAGAGUCCAAAGCCUUCUUCGUAGAGGGAUUGGUGUGCACCAUGCAGGAUUGCUUCCCAUUGUUAAAGAAGUUGUUGAGAUGCUAUUCUGCCGUGGUGUGAUUAAGGUGUUAUUUUCGACGGAGACAUUUGCCAUGGGGGUUAAUGCUCCGGCCAGAACAGUUGUUUUUGACACUUUAAGGAAGUUUGAUGGCAAGGAGUUCAGGCAGUUGCUUCCUGGAGAGUACACUCAAAUGGCUGGUCGCGCUGGCAGGAGAGGACUCGAUAAAAUUGGUACAGUAGUUGUGAUAUGUCGGGAUGAGGUCCCAGAGGAGAGGGAUUUGAAACAUGUCAUAGUUGGAAGUGCAACUAGGCUUGAAUCUCAAUUUCGAUUAACUUACACCAUGAUCUUGCAUCUCCUUCGUGUUGAAGAGUUGAAGGUGGAAGAUAUGUUGAAGAGAAGCUUUGCUGAAUUCCAUGCUCAAAAGAAACUUCCAGAAAAGCAACAACUUCUCAUGCUAAAGCUUGCUCAACCAGCAAAAGCUAUUGAAUGCAUAAAGGGUGAACCUGCAAUUGAGGAAUACUAUGGGAUGUUAACAGAAUCUGAGAAAUAUGGAAAUCGUGUAUUGGAGACAGUCAUGCAGUCUCAAACAGCACAACAGUUCCUGUUACCUGGGAGGGUGGUGGUUGUCAAAUCACAAUCAGUAGCUGAAGACCACUUUCUUGGAGUUGUACUGAAAGCACCUUCUGCUAGUAGUAAGCAAUAUAUUGUUUUAGUACUGAGGCCUGAUUUGCCAUUAUCUAUGCAAGAUCCUUCAGUCAAUGGCAUAUUGCAAGGGAAAGAUAGUAGCAGUUCUCCGCAAGGGUAUUUUAUUGCUCCAAAAUCAAAACGUGGUGAUGAAGAAUACUUUUCAGGUGUCAGUUCUCGCAAAGGAUCGGGUACUGUCAAUAUAAAGUUACCUCACCGUGGUAGUGCAGCUGGGUUGAAUUAUGAAGUUAUUGGUGUUGAAAACAAAGAGUUCUUAAGCAUAUGCAACUGCAAAAUAAAGAUUGAUCAAGUCCGGCUUCUUGAACAUAACAACAGUGCUGCAUACUCAAAAACGGUUCAAGAGUUAUUAAAUCAGAAAUCUAAUGGACAAUACCCUCCAGCUUUAGAUCCAGUAAAAGAUCUGAAGCUGAGAGACGUGGAUCUCAUGGAAACAUACUAUGCAUGGAACAAUCUACUGGUAAAGAUGGCUGGGAACAAGUGUUAUGGAUGCAUAAAAUUUAAGGAACACAUUAUGCUGGCAAAAGACCUCAGCAAGCAUAGAGAGGAAGUGAAUGCACUAAAGUAUCAAAUGUCAGAUGAAGCACUCGAAAAGAUGCCAGAUUUUCAGGGUCGGAUUGACGUGCUAAAGGAAAUUGGUUGUAUAGACGCUGACCUUGUAGUUCAGAUCAAGGGCCGUGUGGCAUGUGAGAUGAAUUCUGGGGAGGAGUUGAUAUCAACAGAGUGCUUGUUUGAGAACCAACUGGACGACCUUCAACCAGAAGAAGCGGUUGCACUUAUGUCUGCUCUUGUAUUUCAACAAAAAAACACUUCUGAACCUUCGCUAACUGACAAUCUGGCUAAGGCAAAAAAAAGACUGUAUGAUACAGCGAUAAGACUUGGGGAGCUACAAGCACACUUUAAAUUACCAAUAAAUCCUGAAGAGUAUGCACGAGACAAUCUAAAGUUUGGCCUUGUUGAAGUAGUUUAUGAAUGGGCAAAGGGUACACCAUUUGCUGAUAUCUGUGAGCUUACAGAUGUUCCUGAAGGCCUUAUUGUGCGAACUAUUGUCCGCCUUGAUGAGACAUGUCGUGAAUUCAAGAAUGCUGCAGCAAUUAUGGGUAAUUCUGCACUCUACAAGAAAAUGGAAACUGCUUCCAAUGCAAUAAAACGUGACAUAGUUUUCGCAGCUAGCCUGUAUAUUACUGGAGUGUGAAGUACUUAUCAAAGCUCCUUUGCGUAUGUGUAAAAGACAACAAUAAAUAUUU